AAGAUGGCCGCGAGAAUAUCCGCCUUCCUUAAGAAUGCCUGGGCGAACCAGCCGGUGCUAGUGGUGUCCUUCUCUAUCUGGGGUCUCGCUAUAAUUAUGCCCAUAAUCAGCCCCUAUACCAAGUAUGCUGGCAUGAUCAACAGAGUCACACCCUACACCUACCCAGUGCCUGUACGAGAUAAUGGGAACAUGCCGGAUGUGCCCAGCCACCCCCAGGACCCUCAGGGCCCAAGUCUGGAAUGGCUGAAGAACCUGUGAAUACUCCUGCUGAUGGAAGAGGCCCCCUUCCCUGUUGCCCCCAAUAAAAAUGUGAAAACCAAAA